AUGGAUGGUAUCGUCUUCGUCCAUGGAUUUACCGGCCAUCCCGAGCGCACUUGGCUCCAGCCAUCGCCUUAUACUUACCAGAAGCAAGCCAUCGCUGGAACCAAGAACGCACGGUCUUCGAGGUUUCAAGGCAUAUUAGAUAGCUUGAAAGGACGGCCGAAGAACAAUGUGUACUGGCCCAGAGAUUUGCUGCCCACUAUUCUCCCUGACGCGAGAGUCCUGACAUAUGGGUACGAUACGCGAAUCAGCCAUCCGUUCGGCCCGCAGAGAAGCCAGUCCGGGGUCUACGCCAUCGCUCGUAACUUUUUAUUCGAGCUCGAGGGCAGGCGUCAACCUCCAGGUCGGCCAAUUAUAUUCGUUGUCCACAGUCUGGGAGGUAUUGUUCUGAAGCAGUUGUUGAAAACAUCCUCCGAGAGCCUUGACGAGCGCGCCUUCUUGAAGGACGUUUACGACUCAACGGCAGGGGUUUUGUUCUUCGGCACACCACAUGCAGGUGCUGACCCACGGGGGCUGGCGCAUCACGUUGUCCAAUCGAUCGCUAAAGCGAUGCGGAUCUCAGCCAAUUCUCAGAUCCUAGACACUCUGCUGCCUUCUUCCGAACGACUUGAAGAGCUCAGAGACCAUUUCAGGCCCAUGGCUAUCCGCCAAAACUGGUUGAUUUACUCCUUCCAGGAAGCUCUUCCGGUUCAAUUGCUGGGCAAGAAAGUGGUCGAAGACGUCUCGUCGUGCCUCGAUAUACCUCAGGAGAUCAGGCAACACAUCCACGCCAACCAUAUGGGGAUGUGCCGCUUCAAUGAGCUGGAAGAUCCGCAGUUUCAGAAAGUCAAGCAUGCUCUGCGCAGGCUUGCCGAAGCUGCCUUGACUCGAAUACGAGCUACAUCACCGGGUCUAUCUAUGGAGUCGGACGACACUGACCUCACGGAAGAACAAAAGAAAGUCUUGAUUCAGUCCUUGGCGUUCGAGCAGCUAGAUGCGCGCCAGGGAACUGAACGCCAUUGCUGGGAUGUGGGUAUCCUCCAAGAGCUUUUGGAAGCGGCUGUUGAACACUUGGAAAAUCAUUUGGUUACGUUUUUCAUCGAUGCCCUAGAUGAGUGCAAAGAUUCCGAUGUUCACGACAUGAUCGACUUCAUGAGACGCAUGAGCCAGAAAGCUAUUCUAUUCGGAAGCCAGGUGCGCACAUGCUUCUCUAGCAGACAUUAUCCCAUCAUCACACUGGAGAGAGGUAUCGAGGUUGUCCUAGAAAACCAGACUGGCCAUGCCGAGGAUAUCAAGGAGUACAUCGAAGCUAAACUCAAGCUCGGUCCGUCUCAAGCAGCGAAAGACUUUGGUUCAGAGGUACAACAAAAGGCAGCCGGCGUUUUCAUGUGGGUCGUACUUGUUGUACACAUCUUGAAUGAUGCCCAUGUUGGCGGCCAAGGUCGCAUCCAGGAACUCAGAAAGCGGCUCGACGUCUUGCCACGAGACUUGCACGAUCUUUUCAGAAAUAUCCUCGACAGGAACAACACGAAUUUAGAGCACCUUGCGCUUUGCCUCCAGUGGAUUCUUUUCGCCAGACGACCGCUGACCCCUCCAGAGCUCUACUUUGCUCUCCAUUGCGAUGGAAACACACUGGGGGGCCUCCAGUCUGCGGCGUGGGAUCGAGAGGAUAUUCCACUUGAUAUGAUUGAGAGAUUUGUCAUAACUUCCUCGAAAGGUCUUGCGGAAAUCAGACGAUCCCGACGACCAACCGUGCAGUUCAUUCAUGAGUCUGUUCGAGAGUUUUUGCUUAAAAGUCACGACAUGAUUAACAUCUACAAUUCAGUACCGGACGAAGUGGGAGGGAGAAGUCAGGAAAGACUUGAAAAAUGCUGCGCCAACUACAUUGAUCAUGUCUUCAACUCGAUUGAGAUGACGAAUUUUCUAGCUAAGGACUUGCCAGUAGCCCAUACCACAACUGAGAGCCGGCUUCUACGAGAAACCUGCGAGCGCAUUUUCCCAUUCUUGCGAUAUGCCGUUCAAAACGUCUUCCACCAUGCGGAAAAGGCUCAGCAGGCAGGGCUUCCACAGAACAAAUUUCUCGAAGAGUUUCAGUUCCAGCACUGGCUCGGCGUACUCAACAUCCUCCUGGGCCGCCAGACGCGCCGUUACAAGCAGAGUGGUCUUGAUUGCCUUUUGGCAGAAGGCAACCGGCCUGCACUACUCGAACUCGUUUGGCGCCAUACUCAUGCUCCCAGGCACGCGUGCUUUGUCAGUUCCGGCGCGCAUUAUGAUUACGGCUCGCCGCUCAUGGUGGCCGUGGCCCGCGAUAGCAGAGACGUCUUGAGGAAGGUUCUCGAUAUGCAAGCUUCAUACUGUGGCUUCGAGGAUCUCAUUCCUGACUUACAACGCGAAUGCGACAACGCACCGUCCCCACUGGUUCCGAAGGGGCGUGACUUCGACUUCCAACCUCACAUACGGAAGGCGGCGGGGAAUGCACUGUUAGCUACAUCGGAUCUAUUUGCCGCAUCCUCCACGUUGCUGCAAAUUCUCGCGGCUAUCUCAUGGCACUACCAAGACUUCUCGAGCAAUGUAGAUAACGUCAUUCGGCAUCUUCUGAGUGACAGAAACCUUCUUGCUCUGAAGAUUUUGUCUAGGAGCCCGAAACUUCGAUCAAAGUCUGGUAAGGUUUUCAGGGCAGGCACGCCGCAUCUGGUAGAAGCCUGCGUCUCGAAUCACAAAAAGAAGGUGGCCAUGCUGCUAGAAGUCGAUGUGCAGUUGGCCGUGUGUAAAGACGACUCGGGCAUCUGCACGUUGACCCAUGCCUGUCGAGCAGGCUACCCUGAAGUCAUCGCAAUAGUGCUCGAAGCGAGCAGGAGCGCGCGGCAAGAUGCGAUACAGGGUGGUGUUGAUGCGCCCGACCAUGUCAAGGACCAUCAGGCGUGCGAGGAGUUGGCGGAGCUUCUAGUGAAGCACAGCGAUCAUGACUUUUCAACGUCGAACAUGUCAGCGCUCGCUUACUAUGCCACCAAAGGGUCAGACAUCAUGGUUGAAGCAUUGUUGCGAAGCGGAGCAGGAGCAGACGCCGUUCCAUGGCAAGGAACGAACCUCCUGACCUGUGGCAUCGAAGGAGGCCAUACAGGCAUCGUCAGGAUGCUGCUCAAUGCCGGAGCGUCUGCGAAUGCUUCGUCAAGGUUUUGCCAGGCACCCCUUGCACUGGCAGCCAGCCUAGGGCAUGAUACGAUCGUGGCAGACUUGCUCAGUGCAGGAGCAGAGGUCAACCACGAGUCAAUCGACGGUCGAACCGCACUCUCCCAUGCGGCCGAGAACGGCCACCACGCAAUAGCCAUGCAGCUGUCGCAGCGAGGAGCCGACUUGAGGCACGAGUCCGCAUAUGGGAGAAACGCACUUUCAUACGCUGCUGAGAAUGGUCGCGAGACGAUCGUGGAUCUCCUGCUCGUGCAACAUGUGCACGAGGCGAUCUCAGGAGCAGAUGCCACUGCGCAACACUCCGACUGUUCACAGAUUGUUCCAUCCCGGCAGUGUGCGUCCACGGAACUGAAAAGCCUCCUCACACCACUGCACUACGCGGCAGGAGCGUGCCACAGCGGCAUCGUCGACCGACUGCUGAAGAGAGGAGCCGAUGUCGAGUCCCGGAACGCGUGGUCGCAGACCCCACUGGUGUUCACCGCCGCAGCAGGCUAUGCGAACUUUGAUGUCCUCUCCCUAGCCAUUGGGUCCACUCUCAUGUCCUCUCCGCAAGACACGGCACCCUCCUCGCCAGCUGACAGUAUCGGCUUUGCCCACGCAUCAGCUCCAGAGAUGGAUUCGGGACCGGUCCCGGGUGAAGAUGCCCUGACGUUGGAGACCGAGGCAAUCCGCUCGAGGCGUCUUGACACGGUCGAGCUCCUGCUUCUCCACGGAGCACUCAUCGACAGCGCAGACGACGACGGCCAUACGGCGGUGGCGUGGGCUGCUGCGAGAGGUGACACGGACAUGCUCAAGCUUCUCAUCGAGAGAGGCGCGUCGGCUGAUGUGACUGAUACUCUGGGGAGGACGCCACUGAUGCACGCCAUCAGGUUUGGGCACGCCAAGGCCGUUGCCUUGCUGCUUCAUACAGGCGAAGCUGCUGCUGACUCGAAGACGUUGGUCCUGGGAGCUGGACGGGAAGAAGCUGAAGACCGGGAUUGA